ACUAAUUAAAACAAUGAUUUUUGAUAUACAAAUAUUUUUCUGGGUGUAUAUUUAUGCAUGUAUUAUAUACCAAUGAAAAUUAAAACUUCUCCAAAUCAUUUCAGAUACGAACAAUUAAUUUACUAGUUACUAACGAACACCUUUACCUUGGUAACUUAAAUUUCAUCUUUAUUAUUACCAUUGUAUUAAAAUAUAAGUGACUUAAAUAGAAAAAAUCAUGAACUUUGAAUAUAUUAAAGGAUUCUAAACGGAGAUGGACAUUUUGUGUACGGCAAAGAAUCGAUCCAAAUGCAGCCAUGGCAAAUCGUCGAUUUGGAUGGCUGUCUCUACUACGCAUUUGUUCCAGCUAAACAAGAAAAGAAGUUAAUUGGAAGAAAAAAAAUUAAUUCGAAAACUGAUGAGAUUAAGAAAGAACUUUUAGAGGAAUCCCUACGAAUAUCAAACGAAAAGGAUCUUUCAUAUACCGAAGAACUUGAUACAUUUUGCACAAUGAAAAUAAAGAAAGAAGAAUUAUCGGUGGACGAACAAGUAAUUACAAACGAUCAAGAAAUUUACGAGGAGGAUAACAAAAUGUAUGCUUGUGAAGAAUGUAAUAUAUGUUUUCCCGUAAUGCAAAUGUUAAAACGUCAUAAAAAUGCCGUACACGAACAAGCUCAGAGAUACAAAUGUAAGGUUUGUUUCAAGAUUUGUCGUAGCUUGAUAGCUUUCAAAAUGCACGUAGCCUUGGAACACAAACCUGAACAAGAAGAGAACGUCGAUGAUCUAGAAAGCCUAACUUAUACGUGUAAUUAUUGUAAUUACGAGAGCACAAAUAAAUCUACUCUCUAUUCUCAUAUUAGUAGGAAACACUCGACUCGCCGAACCGGUAGAAGAAAGACUAGUCGUGGAAUACUCUCGGAACAGGAAGAAUAUGCUUGUGACAUAUGUGAGUUUAAAUGUCAGACCAGAAGACGUUUGAAGGAACAUCUUGAACGUAAGCACGCAUCGGAAUAUAAAUAUGAUUGUGAGUUUUGUGGCAAGAAGUUCAAAGUUAAAGGAGACAUGAGACUGCACGUUCGUUUCAAGCAUAAAGAAGGCCCUAUAGUUUGCGACGUUUGUGGUAAAACUUGUUCCAAUAGUAAUUCCUUGUACGUCCACCAAAAGUGGGCUCAUUUCAAGCCCAAAUACGAAUGUGAGAUUUGUAAAAGAAGAAUGGUAACACAAGAAAAUCUUGACCAGCAUAUACUCCUUCAGCACGAACGACGUGAAAGUUUCGUUUGCGAAGAAUGUGGAAAAUCAUUUUCUGAAAAUCAUCGAUUGAAACAACAUAUGAUGACUCAUACAGGAGAUAGACCCUAUGAUUGCCAUAUAUGUGGGAAAGCGUUUGCUCGUCGUACUGCUUACAGACAGCAUCUUCUUAUACAUACAGGAAAACGGCCAUAUAUUUGUGAUAUUUGUGGUAAAGCCUUCACACAGAAACCUGGACUGAUUUGUCAUCGAAAAUCUCAUCCUGGUGUUCAUCCACCUUUACCGGUCGUACACAUCAAACACAUACUUAGCGAUUUUAUGAAGAAGGAUUGAUGAUUAACAAAAAAAAAAAAAAUAAAUAAAUAAAUAACGGUUCAUCGUACUUAAUUUUUUAAAGUUAUAAAUAUUUGACAUGGUUCUUGAAGAUUGGAAUGUUUAAAAUAAAAAAAAAAAAGAUUGAAUCUAUUCCAAAGCAAUAUGAGAUUUUAACGUAUUAAAAGAUUUUUAUCAAUGACGAAAAUAAUUGAUUUUUUAAUUAUAUAUAUUAUGCGAUUAAAACUAAUGUUUUUCUUUAGUUGUUAUUUUCAGUUUCUAAGCUUUUGUCGUGUUUUAUUAACUUAAAGAAAUUUAAAUUAAAAAGUUGUAAAAAAUAAAGAUACAGUAUUGUUUGAUCAUCCAAAAACUUGAUUAGGAUUCAUUUUGAUUUCCGGAUUAAUUGCAAUAAUAUUACUUGUAAAUUUGACGAUCUAUAAAAUAUUUUAAUUAAUUCAUUGUAAAUUUUAUGAUGGCAAACAAUUUUGUCAUGUUAAUAUCGUAUGUUACUAUAGUAAUCAUAGCAAGUAAUAUUAAAAUAAGUUGAAGAUGUGUUUUUAAUAAAGUACACUAAUAGAAAGA